CAUUCUCAUAUUCUCAAUUAAAUAUCAUUGGAUAGACAAUUUGCAUGAUGUCUCGAACAAAGUUUGUGUCUAAUUGGGGGGGUGUUGUAUCAGUUCCAGAAACUUAUGUGUAUCCUCCAGAGAAGAGGUUUGGCAUCUCGGUGAAGAAGUCGAUUCCAGUGAUCGAUUGGUCUGACGAUCGAGCUCUUCUUCUCAAAAGAGUUCACGAUGUUACUCAAGAGUUUGGAUUUGUCCAGGUUAUAAACCAUGGAGUCCCAAAAACAUUAGUAGAAGAGAUGAUGAAGAUCAUGAAGGAGUUUCAUGGCAUGUCAGCAGAAGACAAAGAGAGGGAAUGCUCCAAAGAUCCAGAUAAGAGUUGUAAAGUUUAUACGAGCUCUCAAAAUUAUGAAAAUGAACAAAUUCACCUUUGGAAAGAUACUUUCAAGUUAAGAUGUCAUCCUAAUUUGGACAAAAAUCUUGAGUUUUGGCCUCAAAAUCCCCCUAAACUGAGGGAGGUGGUGAAAGCAUAUAUAGUGAUGAUAGAAAAGUUUGCAUCAGAGAUAUUAGAGGUGUUAAGUGAAGGGUUAGGGCUUGAGAAAGGGUAUUUUAGAGGUGAAAUGAGUAAAAACCCAGAAUUUUUGGCACACCAUUACCCACCAUGCCCAAACCCUAGCUUGACUGUGGGGUUGAGCCAACAUGCUGAUCCAACACUCAUCACCAUCUUGUUUCAAGAUGUCAAUGGCCUUCAAUUCCUAAAAGAUGGUCAAUGGAUUGAUGUUGAUCCUCUUCCCGAUGCCUUUCUCGUUAAUCUUGGCUAUGUUUUCGAGGUGAUUAGCAAUGGGAAGUUGAAAGCAGCUGAACAUCGAGUUGUGACAAAUUCAACAACGUCUCGACAAACCUUAGUGUAUGUAGUUUAUCCUGAAAAUGAUGUGACUAUAGAACCAUCGAAGUGUUUCAUAAAUGAAGCCAACCCUCCACAUUAUCGCUCCCUCGAGUUCAAAGACUUCUACAACAAACUUAUGUCUAAGCCUCCUGACAGGAAGACAGCAAUGGAGUUUAUUAGCUUCGACCAACUUUAGUGAGUUUCCAAACUAAAAUUGUUACGUUACUUUGGUGAAUUAUAUUACUACAUUUUGUAAUGUAAUAGAUGAACUAUUUUGUUAUACUAUGAGAAGUGUGGUCAUUGUAUGUCAUUGUAAUGUACUACAAAAAUAACAACUUAUGACAUACUAUACUAUCCUUAUGUAAGAAAAAGUUGUAAGAAACAUUAUAUAUGCUAUCAUAUAAAUGAAAAGAAAAGUUCUAUAUCUUUUACUAUAUUAAAA